AUGAACUCGUCGGGUGAAGCACCGUUUUGGCGAGAUCAGGAAGAAAUUGUUAUCACCGGCAUCUCAGGACGUUUUCCGCGCUGUGAAAACGUUCAGGAAUUUGGAGAUUUGCUGAUGGCCGGUGAAGAUCUCGUCACCGAAGAUAAUUUACGUUGGCCACCUGGUAGCCAAUUAGCGAUUGUACAUUCUAUUUUAUUGCCAUAA